CUGUCACCUGACUUGACUCAAACAUGGCUGCGCUCGAAGCAUUAUUUCUCUGGGCACCGGGAGCAGGAGAUGCUCCAGGAAUGAGAAAAUUGACAAUGUGUUUUGCGUAAUUCAUCUCUUUCUAUCUCCCUGCACUCUGUGCUGGGAAAAUGCAUCAUCCAUUUGGAAAAGAGGAAACUGCUUCCCAGAAGGAGCUUUUUGGAUUUUUCCGUGAGUGCCUUCGAAGAGGAGAGUGGGAGCUGGCACAGGCAUGUGUUCCCCAGCUACACGAGGCACAAGGGGAUAUCCCAAAGAAGGUGGAGGAUAUACUCCAGGCGCUGGUAGUGUGUCCAAAUCAGCUGAGAUGUGGACAGGACAUCAACCCUCAAAGAUUAGCCUGGGUCUGGCUUCUUGUACUGGAAAAAUGGUUUGCCCAGGAAAAGAAGUUACUCCCAACUGUUUUCCGGAGAAAGCUGGAGUUUCUUUUAUUGUCAGAAGACCUCCAAGGUAACAUUCCAGAGGAUAUCCUCAAGGAGCUUUAUGAGGCUUUAUCCCAAGACCCCGACUCUGUGGACACUGUGCUUGACAGAAAUCGGAGUCAGGAGAGCUGGACCCUUCGGCUCAGUUCAGAAGCCGUCUCUGUGCUCUUGGAUCUUCUGAGCCAGGCCUCCCAGCCAGCGCAGGCCCUGCUGGAGCUUCUGCUUAGGGAAGACAAUGGCACCGGCCUCUGUGGCCAGCCUCUGCAGAAGGCACUGGUGGACUUCAUUCGAAAGGCCCUGCGAGCUAUGCAGGACCCUGCCACUGGGCCUCCUGGGGGAGUAGAUGCCAUCUACAGAGCCCUGCGGACUCUGCACUGCCCUGCGGAGCCAUUCGGGGUUGAGCUGCGUGUCCUGUGUGAGGAACUACUGGAGGCCUGCAGGACAGAAGGGAGCCCCCUGCAGGAGCACCGGCUGCUCAACUGCCUGCUGCACAAGGCUGGGCGGAGCCUGCUGUCCCUCUACUGCCAGACCUAUGCAGAGAAGGCCACAGAAAAGCCACCAAAGGCCACCUUGUCAGAAAAAGUCUCACCGGAUCAUCUAGAUCCUGAGCGGGCAAUGCUGGUCUUGUUCUCCCACCCUGACCCAGCUGAGGCUUGGAAACUGGCCUAUUUCUACUGCCUGAGCAACAGCAAGCAUUUCCUUGAGCAGAUCCUGGUGACAGCGCUAACAUUGUUGAAAGAGGAAGACUUCCCAAGUCUUGGCUGCCUGCUAGAUAGAGAAUUCAGGCCUCUCAGUCGACUGCUUGUGCUCCUGGGCUGGACACACUGCCAGAGCCUCGAGUCAGCCAAGAAGUUGCUGCAGACACUCCACAGGACCCAGGACCAAAGUUGUGACAAGCUCCUCAGGGAUGCCUGUGAUGGGCUGUGGGCUCACCUGGAGGUGCUGGAGUGGUGUGUACAGCAGAGCAGCAACCCCAUACCAAAGAGAGACCUCCUGUGUCAUCUCCAUGGUGGAGACAGCCACUCAGUGCUCUACUCUCUCCAUCACCUCACAAGCCUUCCAGCCCUCAGGGAGGAAGAUGUUCUCAAGCUCUUACAGAAGGUGCCAGCCAAGGACCCCCAGCAAGAGCAUGAUUCAGCUGAUGCCCUGGCGCCGGAGCACCUGAGCCAGUGCCAGAACCUGACACUCUACCAGAGCUUCUGUGCCAUGAAGUAUGCCAUCUAUGCGCUCUGCGUGAACUCCCACCAGCACACCCCGUGCCAGGAGUGCAAAGACAGCCCCUCCGAGGACCUGGCCGUGGCUACAGAGCCAGUGAAGGAGUCUGUCUCCUCCUCAGGUGCUUCACAUCUCUUCUCAAAAUACCUGGCCAGGUGUCAGCAGUAUCUGCGCAGUAUUCCUGAUUCUUUGUGCCUGGAACUUCUGGAAAACAUCUUCUCACUGCUCCUCAUCACCUCUGCCGACCUGCACCCAGAGCCUCACCUGCCCGAGGACUAUGCUGAAGAGGAUGACGUUGAGGGGAAGGGCCUGUUGGGUUUGAAGUCCCCCCCGGAGAGCCCUCAGCACAUGGCACAACCUGAAAGGAAGUCAGAACGGGCUUCCCUGGGAGUCCCCAGGAACCUUGCUUAUGCACUUCCAAGUUGUCUGAGGACAGAGCCGAAAGACAGUUUCCCCGGACACCAUGGGCACGGCUUUUUGGACCUAAAGCACUUUACUAGUGGUAUCAGUGGGUUCCUGGCUGAUGAAUUUGCAAUGGGGGCCUUCCUCAGGCUUCUCCAGGAGCAGCUGGAUGAGCUCAGCAGCCACAGCCCCCCUGAGGAGCCAAAGCUGCCAGAAGGCCAGAGCUGUUCCGGGAGCAGAGAUGGACUGCAGAGCCGCCUGCACCGCUUUUCCAAGGCUCUCUCUGAGGCCCAGUGGAGAUACAAAGUGGUCACAAGUAACCAGGGCUCAGAGGAGCAACCUUCCCGAAGAUACCGGCCCAUUGCCACACGGCACCCAAGUCUCCGCCGCGGCCGUCGGACACGAAGGAGCCGGGCAGAUGGCCGGGACAGAGGCUCCAAUCCUUCCCUGGAAAGUACGAGUAGUGAGCUGAGCACGAGCACUUCAGAGGGAAGUCUGAACGCUGUGUCCGGACGGAAUGAGUUGGAUGGUCGGUUGCAGCCCCAAACCCAAAGUUCAUUCAUCCCCAUGAUGUUCUCCCCACCUGAGUCACUGCUGGUAUCUUGCAUCCUCCGAGGGAACUUUGCAGAAGCCCAUCAGGUGGUAUUCAUGUUCAACCUGAGGUCCUCGCCCAGCGCAGGGGAACUGCUGUUCAUGGAGCGCUACCAGGAGGUGAUCCAGGAGCUGGCCCGGGUAGAGCAUAAGAUUGAGAACCAGAACUCAGACGGGGGUAGCAGCACCAUUCGAAGAACAGGCAGUGGCCGCUCAACCCUGCAGGCCAUUGGAAGCGCUGCGGCGGCAGGGAUGGUGUUUUACUCCAUUUCUGACGUGACGGAAAAGCUGCUCAGCCCAUCUGGGGACCCCGUCCCCACGCUGCAGGAGGACUUCUGGAUAAGCAGCACCCUGGUGGAGCCCACCGACCCCCUGAGAGAGGUUCUGGAAGACCUCAGUCCCCCUGCCAUGGCUGCGUUUGACCUCGCUUGCUCGCAGUGUCAGCUCUGGAAAACCUGCAAGCAGCUCUUGGAAACAGCCGAACGACGUCUGAACAGCAGCCUCGAGAGCCGGGGUCGACGGCUGGACCAUGUCCUCCUCAAUGCUGAUGGUAUUCGAGGAUUUCCAGCUGUUCUCCAGCAAGUCAGCAAGAUUCUCAAUUAUUCACUUAUGUCAGCCGGACAGACUAAAUCAGAGAAUGGAGAAGAAAAAGGAGGAGGUCCUCCACGGUGCAGCAUUGCCGAGCUGCUGCAGAUGUGCUGGCCCAGCCUCACUGAGGAGUGUGCUGCCAGCCAGGCCACCCUCUCCCAGCAGCUGGACCAGGUCCUUCAGUCGCUGAGAGAGGCACUAGAGCUGCCAGAGCCCAGGAGUCCUCCGCUGUCCUCCCUGGUGGAGCAGGCGGCCCAGAAAGCUCCAGAGGCAGAGGCCCAUCCUGUGUACGUGCAGACUCAGCUCCUCCAGAAGAUCCUGGGCAAACAGGCCCCAGCAGGCAGUGGGCAGCCUGACUACAUGGGCACCUUCUUCAGUUACUGCAGCACCCUGGCUGCAGUGCUUCUUCAGAGUUUGCGCUCUGAGCCCGAUCAUGUGGAGGUCAAAGUAGGAAAUCCCUUUGUUCUCCUGCAACAGAGUUCUUCCCAACUGGUGUCACACCUCCUGCUUGAGCGACAAGUUCCACCAGACAGGCUAGCAGCCCUUCUGGCCCAAGAGAGACUCAGCCUGAGUGUGCCACAGGUUAUCGUCAGCUGCUGCUGCGAGCCCCUCGCCCUGUGCCCUUCCCUGCAGAGCCAGCAGACAUCAUCUGUCCUGACCCACCUGGGCACCCUGGCCCAGCUGCACGCCUCCCACUGCCUGGAAGACGUCCCACUUUCUACACAGAGCUCCCCAAAGCCAGCUGAGAACCUCACACCAGAGAAGAAGCCCCGUUCCUCCCCAAGGGAUUCAUCACCCUCUGUCCUCACCUCCUCCACCUUGGCCUUCCUUAAGUCCCGCUCAAAGCUGCUGGCUACUGUGGCCUGUCUGGGGGCUUCCCGGGGAACAAAGGUCACCAAGCCCGGCUUGUCGUGGAAGGAGCUUCGUGGCCGCAGGGAGGUACCUCUGACUGCAGAGCAGGUAGCUCGGGAGUGUGAACACCUUCUGGAACAGUUCCCUAUGCUUGAGGCCGCCCUCCUGGCUGCCUGGGAACCCCUGCGAGGAUCCUCCAAGCAAGAGCAGAGCCAGGCAGCGAGCCUCUGUGGCCAGGCUAGUCUCUCUACUGUCCUCCUUGGCCUGCAUUCUCCUGUUGCCCUGGAUGUGCUCACCGAGGCCUUCGAGGAAGCCCUGGUGGCCAGGGACUGGCCCCGGGCCCUGCAGCUCACCGAAGCGUACGGGCGAGAUGCGGAGGACCUGAGCGGCACACGGGACGCAGUCCUGAGCUGCGCUGCGGCCUGUGACAAAGAAGGUUGGCAGUACCUGUUUCCUGUGAAGGAUGCAUCGCUGAGAAGCCGGCUAACUCUAAAGUUUGUGGACAGGUGGCCCCUGGAGUCAUGUCUGGAGAUCCUGGCCUACUGCAUCUCAGACACAGCUGUCCAAGAUGAACUAAAGUGUGAACUACAGAGAAAGCUGGCAGAGCUGCAGGUGUAUCAGAAGAUUUUAGGUUUGCAGGCUACCCCAGUGUGGUGUGACUGGCAGACGCUGAGGACCUGUUGUGUUGAGGACCCAUCAGCUGUCAUGGACAUGAUUCUAGAAGCAAAGGAGUACCAGCUAUGUGAGGAGUGGGGCCGCCUAUACCCCAUUCCAAGAGAAGAUUUAAUAAGCCUGCAUCAAAAGCAUCUUCUUUACCUUCUAGAAAGAGGAGAUCACGAAAAGGCUGUGAAACUUCUGCGAAGAAUUCCUGACCCCUCCAUGUGCCUUGAGGUCACAGAGCAAUCCCUGGACCAGCACCCUAGCUUGGCCACUUCUCACUUCUUGGCCAACUACCUCACCACCCACUUCUAUGGAAAACUGACCGCCGUUCGACACCGUGAAAUCCAGGCUCUGUACAUGGGGUCCAAGGUCCUGCUGACCUUGCCUGAGCAGCACCGGGCCAGCUAUUCCCACUUGUCCUCCAGCCCCCUGCUCAUGCUGGAGCAGCUGCUCAUGAACAUGAAAGUGGAUUGGGCCACUGUGGCCGUGCAGACGCUGCAGCAGCUGCUGGCCGGGCAGGAGAUCGGCUUUACCAUGGACGAGGUCGACUCACUGCUUUCCAGAUACGCAGGAAAAGCCCUGGACUUCCCGUACUCUCUGAGGGAGAAACGGUCAGAUUCUGUGCUCCAACUCCAGGAAGUCGUCAGUCAGGCUCCAGACCUCGAGACCUUGACUAGGUCCCCGUCAAUAGAGUUCUCUCCUGCUGCUGCGCCUGGUGUCUCCACUGUACACUCCCCCAGUCCGAGGGAGAGGACCGAUGCACAGAGUCAGCCCCUGCUGCAGUUUGUGCCCCCAGCGACACCCCCAGCCAGGCACCAGUGGGUGCCGGACGAGAGCCAGAGCGUCUGCAUGGUCUGCCGCAGGGAGCACUUCACCAUGUUUAACAGACGUCACCAUUGUCGCCGCUGUGGCCGGCUAGUGUGCAGCUCCUGCUCCACUAAGAAAAUGGUUGUGGAAGGCUGCAGAGAGAACCCGACUCGCGUGUGUGACCAGUGCUAUAGUUACUUCAACAAAGAUGUACCAGAGGAGAAUCCAGGACAGCCAGAAGCGCCUGACAGCUUCAAGAAUGAAAGCCCUCCAUACUCAGCAGUGGUGAGAGUCCCCAAAGCACCUGAGGUGGAAUGGAUUUUGGACCUGAAUGAGGAGGAAAAUGAGCUGGUGCGGAACGAAUUUUACUAUGAGCAGGCCCCCAGCGCCUCCCUGUGCAUCGCCAUCCUGAGUCUGCACCGGGACAGCACUGCCUGUGGCCACCAGCUGAUUGAGCACUGCUGCGGGCUGUCCCAGGGCCUCGCCAACCCGGAGGUGGACGCGGGGCUGCUCAUAGACAUCAUGAAGCAGCUGCUCUUCAGCGCCAAGAUGAUGUUUGUCAAGGCCGGCCGCAGCCAGGACCUGGCUCUUUGUGACAGCUACAUCAGCAAGGUGGACGUCCUGAAUAUUUUAGUUGCUGCUGCCUAUCGCCACGUGCCGUCUCUGGAUCAGCUCUUGCAGCCGGCUGCAGUGACCAGGCUAAGGAACCAGCUUUUGGAAGCUGAGUACUACCAACUGGGCGUUGAGGUCUCCACAAAGACUGGGCUUGACACCUGUGGGGCGUGGCACGCUUGGGGGAUGGCCUGCCUCAAGGCUGGGAACCUCACCGCGGCUCGGGAGAAGUUCAGUCGCUGCCUGAAGCCCCCCUUCGAUAUCAAUCAGCUGAGCCAUGGCUCAAGACUGGUCCUGGACGUGGUUGAGUACCUGGAGUCCACAGUGAGGCCACUCCUGUCCUUGCAAGACGAUGAUUACUUGGCCACCUUGAAAGAACUGGAAGCUACCCUUCGGACCCAGAGCCUUUCUCUGGAGGUGGUUCCUGAAGGGAAGGUCACGAGCAACACCUACUACCAGGAAUGCCUCUUCUACCUGCACAACUACAGCACCAGCCUGGCCGUCAUCAGCUUCUACGUGAGGCACGGCUGCCUGCGGGAAGCCCUGCUGCACCUGCUCGACAAGGAGAGUCCUCCAGAAGUCUUCAUAGAAGGCAUUUUCCAGCCAAGCUAUAAAAGUGGAAAGCUACACGUUUUGGAAAACUUGCUAGAAUCCAUUGAUGCAACCUUGGAGAGCUGGGGAGAGUACUUGCUCGCUGCCUGCCAACAUUUACAGAAGAAGAACUACUACCACAUUCUGUACGAGCUGCAGCAGUUUAUGAAGGACCAAGUCCGGGCAGCCAUGACCUGUAUUCGGUUCUUCAGUCACAAAGCAAAGACAUACAUGGAACUGGGAGAGAAGCUCUCCUGGCUGCUUAAGGCCAGGGACCACCUGAAGAUCUACCUCCAGGAAACGUCCCGCAGCUCUAAAAAGAAGAAAACCCCCUUCUUCCGAAAGAAGAUGACUACAGCCGAUGUGUCAAGGCACAUGAACACCCUUCAGCUGCAGAUGGAGGUGACCAGGUUUCUGCAUCGGUGUGAAAGUGCUGGGACCUCUCAGACCAGCACCCUGCCUCUGCCGACCCUGUUUGGAAACAACCACAUGAAAAUGGAUGUCGCCUGCAAGGUCAUGCUAGGAGGGAAAAAUGUAGAAGACGGUUUUGGAAUUGCAUUCCGUGUUCUGCAGGACUUCCAGCUGGAUGCUGCCGCAACCUACUGCAGAGCUGCCCGGCAGCUGGUGGAGCAGGGCAAAUACAGUGAGAUCCGACAGCUGCUCAAGUGUGUCAGCGAGUCAGGCAUGGCAGCCAAGAGUGACGGGGACACCAUCCUCCUCAACUGCUUGGAAGCGUUCAAGAGAAUUCCACCGCAGGAGCUGGAGGGCCUGAUCCAGGCGAUACACAACGAUGACAACAAGGUUCGGGCCUACCUGACAUGCUGCAAAUUGCGUUCCGCCUAUCUGAUUGCCGUGAAGCAAGAACACUCGCGGGCCACACUCCUCGUCCAGCAGGUGCAGCAGGCCGCCACGAGCAGCGGGGACGCCGUAGUGCAGGACAUCUGCGCCCAGUGGCUUCUGACAAGCCACGCCCGAGGCACCCUUGGCUCAGGCUCCCGGAAGUGACUGCCGGCGGCGGGCCCUGAGAACCGUGGGGCAGGGCUGAUGGAGAUGCUCCCACCUCUUUCCUCCUGUGCAGUGAGGCUUCCUGGCUCUGCCCAGGUCGGAAAGAGCUGGGUCGGACGCUACUUGCCGGCCUGGGCAAGGACAGGCCCUUUCACGCAAGUGCCACGUUUCUAAAACUGCGGAAUCUGUGUGUGUGUCUGGAGAAGGCCAGUUCUUCCUACCUCAGAGUGAGUGAGUGUGUGUGCACACCCCUGUGCACUCGUGUUUACGCCCGAGCAUUUCUGAACAAACGCAACUCUUCCCCUACUGAAGAGGCACUUUUAUUUUAGACUACUGCUGGUCUGAAAACCUUCCCUGCGUUUUGGUUCUUAACCCGGGUCAUCCUCUUUGUACACAGUCCCCUCUGUGUGGAGACAUUCCAGUAGCUUCUCGUGACUGCAAGGGUUUUAUCGAGGAUCACAGAGCAGCGCCAAAAGGGUUGCCUCUUUUCCCUGCUUUACCUUCCCGACAUUCAGAGGUGGCUUUGGAGCAAGUGCUUCCUGUGGAGUAAAACUGCUCCGAGUGUCUCCUCUCAAAAGCACAAGGAGUUACAUAGUCUUUGGAUGGUGGUCUGAGCAGAAGGCUCCUCCCUCCCUCAGGUGCUGGCAUCUGGAAGCUGUGGCUGCACGAACAAGUGACCGGGUCUGGAGCCCCAGGCACGGGCAGGAGGGCACUGCUGCGCUCAUCCCACAGGGAGAGAAAGGGGAGCCUCUGCAAACGGGAAUGCAGGGGGGUUGCUUACAAGCAGCGGCGCAGAGCUAGCUUGUGUGAAUAUCCCUGCUGCAGAGUGAGAGGACGUGGCUCCCUCGGGGAGAGGCUGGGGAGAGGAGUGGUAGCCAGGAUCCUAAAGUGAAUGGAUGGACCUUUCUAUCUGAGCUAUAGUCCUAUUAGAACCCCUUAAAUUGGUUAGGAAAUCACUUCCUCUUCUCGCCUGCUUCCCUUCAGUCUCUUCGGGACCCCAGGACAGGCAGGCAGGGACCUUGGGUCACUGAGAAGGCAGUGAACUUCUUUGUCUUAACAGAGGGAGUCAAGGGUUUGCUUUGGAGGUGGGCCUGCAGGCAGGAGUCAGACGGGAGGGCCAUGAAUAGGCCCCAUCUGCUUGGUGAAACCAGAUGAUGUGCUCCUUUAAUAUGGGUUUGUCUUCCCUCCUGAGAUGAGACGGUAUUUUAGAAACAGUCUGUCAUACUCAGUGACUUGGAUUUGCAGGUGGGAGGCCUGAGAAAAGCUCCGAGCCUCCCACCAUCCGGAGCUCAGGCUGUUGAUCUCACGUUUGCUGCUGCAACCAACGGGAGCCAGCAGCAAAGCCAGUAUCUCUGGUGCUCAGAGCCCUGUGGGUUUCCCUCCAAGCCAGGUGUUUUGAUAGUAAAAUAAACAACUAUUUUGGGCAUCUGUCAAGUUCAAAGUUUUUUUCCUAUUAGCAGAAAAAGUGCAAACAAAAUACUAGAUCCCUUUUGGGGGAAGUUUGACAAGUGGCUUUUCCUUCUUUGAGUCAUAGAAUGCUCCUGUCUCCCAGGACAGGCCGUCCCCUGGGAUCUGCUUGCCCUUCUGAGUCUGCCCUUUUGCACUGAACAUAAGCACUUUAUAUGAAUGGUUUGCAGAUGUUGCAGCCUUUAUGCUGGGAUGUUAAACCAGAUUUCCCUGACUUUUCCCUGGAACAAAAUAAUAACCACUGACCAGACUGACAGAAGAUGAGGAUAAAGGCCUUUGAGCAUCACGCUGUGGUCUCCAGCAAGAAGAGAAAGAAACAAGCAAAAACCUAAUGCACAUGUUGAAGGGCUGAAUGUUUCACCACAAGCAGCCACAAUAAAGUCUCUGUCUUA